AAGGUCCAAGCAACUCAUGACAGUAUCAGGAAAUGGUGGCCAAGAUUUCUUGGCUUCCUGGGACAUGGCUCUAGUCUUCAGCUAUAGGGGCCACAUGGGGAAGGGAAUCAAGUCUUCUGCUGACCAAUGCCCCAGAUGCUCAAAUUUGAGAAUUCUUCAACCAGAGAUUAGCCAGAAGGUGACACCCCAAAAAUAUGUCCCCUUAGGUCACAUGCAUCUUCAAGAGCUCUACUUGUUGGCAAAUACACAGAAAAGGAAACCAGAAGGAAGCCAGGACUAGAAGUCUAUACGUUUCCCUCUCUGGCACCUGGACAUGCACAUACAGCAGAUCUUUUUCUGAAAAACAUCAACUUUUCCUGGUUGGGAUGGGGAGAAGAGAAGGAAGAAAGAAAUCUGCUUACCUCAGCCUCAUUUGCUGCACUCUGGGAUAAGAUGUCUAGACCCAUCUAGCUAACCUGAAGACAGAUGUUCCCUCUGUUCCUGACAUCUUCCCCAUUGGUCCUUUUACUCCUAAGACUUCGGGGGUAACUCAGCUGCAUAUGGACCCUUCCUGGGAGAGAGACUGCCACGGUCCUCGGACAGGAGCAGCCAGUGUGCAUGUGACUGAGCUGAGCUGGCACGGCCUCCAGAACCCCAGGCCCCUGAUCAAGGAUGAUGGCAUUGCUGAAGUGCUGCUGGAGGAGUUCCUGUCUCCCUCCAAACUGCAGGCUCUGGCUCAGGUGGAGGACCUACGGCAAGUGACAGUGCUCGAGAUGUGUGUGGACACACGGGAGAACAGUUUGGGAAACUUCGGUGCCCAUCUGCCCAAUCUGAGCCAACUGAAACUGAACAACAGCUUGCUGGCCUCCAUCAGGGACCUGGGCAGCUCCCUGUCUCACCUUCAGAUUCUGUGGAUGGUUCGCUGCGGGCUGGCAGACUUGGACGGAAUCUCUUCCCUUCGUUCUCUGAAGGAACUCUACAUGUCCUACAACAACAUUUCUGACCUAAGCCAGAUCUGCCUGCUGGAGCACUUGGAGGUUCUGGACCUGGAGGGCAACAACAUUGAGAACAUCGAGCAGGUUCGGUACCUGAGUCUCUGCAAGAAGCUCAACAUGCUCACUCUGGAGGGGAACCUGAUCUGCCUGCGGCCAGACCCAGAAGCGGCCCAGGCCCCAGACUAUAACUACAGGGCUGAGGUGAAAAAGCUCAUUCCCCACCUCCAGUUCUUGGACGACGUGCCCGCCGCCCAGACUUCCCCGCAGGCCGCCCGGGAGAUCAGCGAGGACUGGCUUAUUGUGAAGGAGUCCAUCAAGGAGUCCAGUGCAGACUGCUCAUGGUUCAACCUCUCGAGGCAAGGACUCAGCCCUAGCCUGAGGCUGUCCCCAAAUCUCUUCUCCCCACCUCCACGACCGUGGCCGCUCCCUCUGGACCGGCUGCCCUGGACGAUCCCCCUCUCGUCCCCAGGGAGCCCUCUCCCAGAAGGCUUAUUCCCUGAAGAGCUGAGCCCUGACUCCAGUGACUCCAGUGACCUGACCCACGGGGUCAGCCGGGUCCUCUGUGGAAACCCCAUCAAAGGACUUCAGGAGCGCCGGCAGAAGCGGCACGACCACAGCGGGCGCACAACGCCCCAGCCUCCAGCCCCGGGCUCUGCCCGCACCCAGGGACCCGAGGAGCUCUCGGGAGGGGAAGAAGACGGUUUGGGCUGGCCACAAGGUCUCUGGGCAGAGUACAGGUCUUGGAAGGAAGAAAAGCAGCAACAGAGGUUAAACAUGCUGCUUGUGGGGAGAAGCCCCCCGGUGUGGCCCCAAGAGGAAGAGGAGAAAGCUUCGGUUGGGCCGGAGGACCAGGGGGGAGAGGAGAAGGCUCUGGGCCCCCUAAGCCCUGCUCCAGAUCCUUCCCAGGUCACAGGCGGCAGCGGGCCCGGAUCUCCCCUCACCCCUUCUUCCCUCAGGCAUCCAUCACCUCCCCCACUGCCCUGCCCCGGUGGUUGCCCGAGGUCUGAGUUCCGGGGCAGGCGGCUAUCCCCGAACCUCGCCAUCAGCCCGCUGCCCAGCCCGGAGGCAGGGCCCCACCUGGGGGAGAGGCUGAGCCCCUUCAGGCGUCUCACGGCCCUGAGAAGCCCAGGGUCCCAGGGCCAUCCCGAGCAUCGCGGGAUCAGGCCUGCCGGAGGAGCCGAAGCCUCGGAGCCCAAGCACAGCCCAAGGGGCCUCCGGCCCGCCCCGGGGCAGUCCCCGCCACCGCCUCCGGCCUCCUAUCCGCAGCCAUCCCCCCUGGAGCCCGCCUUCUGCCCCCUCAGACUUCCGAGCGCCCCCAAGGGAGCGGGCUGCAGGCAGCCCCUCGCCAUGCGCUGCCCCAAGGCCCCGGAGAAGACGCUCCCGCCGGCCCGGCAGCUGGCCAGCACCCCCAGCGCCCUCCACCGGCUGCCCAGCCUGGGGCCCGCCGCAACCCCUCCCCCGAUGCCCCCAGCACCUCCCGCCAGGAGCGCCAAGUCCUAACAGUGUGGCUCGGCUUGGGGGGCACUCGGCCCCUGGCCCCGGACUGGACACUUGGGCUGACCCAGCGCAGAGAGGGCCCCUCGGACCGCCUGCCCCGGCACGCCCUCGAGUCCUGUCAGUGACUGCGGAGGGAGCAGCCAGGAUAAGUGCCUGCUAGUGGCCCCGUCGGGGUCAGGGCGUCCCCGCUGCACCCAGGAGUCCUGCAAUAGGGAAGUAGGGGGGCAACCGUAGCCUCGUGGGGGGCCAGAUCCUAAUUCUAGGGGCUUGCUUAGAGACCCUCCAUCUCUAAGGCAGAAUCUUUCUCAAUCAUUCUCUACUCUGGGUUGGACAGAAAUGUAACGUGCUUUAUUUUCACUUAAUACUGGUUAAUAAAUUAUGCAGCCAGUGUUU